CUUAUCCACCCUUAUUGAAGGGUCUUGGACACUCCCUUAAGCCCCUCAUUCGAACUCCCAAGGAUAAGGGAGAAAGAGAGAGCCACACAACCAAGAAAGCAAGAGGAAGGGGAAGCUGCCGCAGGUUCGUUUUCCAGUGCGUAAGGUUACUUGUUUGCUUCAUAUCUCGAGUUAUACACAUCCAAAUAAGGCGUGCGAGAUACCCACAGAAAGCUCUCAAGACGAGGAAUCCGUGAAGGUCUGGUUUGCAUCAAUCGGAGUAGUGGAAGGCUUUCAAAUCGUCCGAGCAAAACACAACCUCGCGGAAUACGUUUUUGUAUUCAAAGUUAGGGAACGAUUUCGUCGGGAAACACCCGUUCUAGGGACUGUUUUUGUGUCUUCGGUUAGGAGUUGAACUAGCACUUUGAAGAGGCUGUUUAACACUCAAUUCCAAGCAAGGAAUCAGUCCUCAAUCUUUCUUGGCCGAGGCUUUGGUCAUUGGAUCGAGAAGGAAAGUUUUAAAGCUCAUUUGAGUUUCAGGUAGGACUUGAAGGUUGCUACCACGCCCGUUGCUUCGGGAAGAUCAAAGGAGGAGGACGUGGUUCGUGCUUCUUCCGUUUCUGUUUUAAACAACUACAAUAAUGCUCAUGGAAAUUAUUUUGAAUACUAUUUGGGGGCUUGUAUGCCCAUGUUUGCCACGUGUGGCUUGAAUACGUGUAUUAAUGUUUCCGCUGCUUUAAAUGAAUAUUUUACAUUAUGUUUGUUUAUGGAUGUACUAUGUGUGAAUGGUAUUCAAGACGCCUAGUAUAGUAUGGAUGAGUUGGACUGCGGUUGACUAUUCGUACUGUACGGCGGGUUGUUGACGUGUCCGGUAGGUCCGGGGCGUGACAAUUUAAUUGGUAUCAGAGCCUUAGUCCGUAAACUUCAUAAUGAAGCUUCAAAAUCUCUUUUUGAAAAACGAAUUUGAAAACCAUGAGCAUAAAAGUUUUGUACUUAUAGAACUUUUGGUACUUGAGUUGCGAAGUCUCUAAUUGUUAAGAUGGUACCCUUAACAAUUGGUAUGGCGGUGAUUUGAGCCAAAAGAUAUCUUUAAGUACCUAUCCGUCACUUGACAUUUGAUACGAGCCUAAUGGCUCAUUCUAAACUUCUUUCAGAAAUGGAACGCACCGGUAGAGUGACUCGACGGAACCCGACUGGCCAGGUGCUGGGAGGAUCCCAACGUGGCAGUCAGGGGGGAUCAAGAGAGUCUGGGGGACAGGGCCGAGCAGGCCACUCGCUGACCGUGAGUGACGGUCACGUGGAAACAAUAGAUGAGCACUAUGAGUCCGAGGAGGAUUCAACUUACCAACCGGGAACUGAGCCGGUUGACACCCCAUAUGAUGGGGAACACGAUGAUGCUAGUGAUGAGAGUGAUGAUAAUGACGCUCUUGAACGGAUUGAGGAAUUGCUCCGGCAAUACCAACAAGAUCGCCAAAGGCGCCGGGCAAGGCGUGCUUUGGAAGGGGCUUCGAGGAGAGGAAGCCGCGCGACUCCUAGGGAGAGCAUUGAAUUCCGAGGGGUCGAGGUGCCGAGGUUCCUAUCAUAAGGAUCUCAAAAUACCUAAAGGAGGCAAGGGACUUGGGAUGUAAACCGUUUGAUGGAACGGGAGACAUCUCCGUGGCGGCCGAGUGGAUCAAGAGAUUCAAUGAAGCGGCCCUUGAUAUGCGGCUGCCACCCCAUAUGAAGAUGAGAGUGGCAACAAGAUUGCUAGAAGGAAUGGCGUCCACGUGGUGGGACGGUGUCAAAGGGAAGUACGGUGAAGCGGUCACUUGGGAGAACUUCAGGCAAGAAUUCUUUAGCCAAUACUACUCCGACUUCGAGGUGAACUUGAAGAGGAGGGAGUACACGAAUCUGACCCAAGGAGGGGAAUGCACGGUGAAGGAACUUGAACACAAGUUCAGAAAGCUUGCUGAGUUCAUACCGGAGUACAUUUGUGAUGAAAACCGGAUGGUGAACCAUUUCUGGGAUGCCUUGGACCUUGACAUACGCGAGAGGGCAACACAAUUGCCUAAUAUGACGUUUAGUCAAGUGGUUGAACAAGGCUUGAAGGGAGAAAAAGAGUGGGAGGAAAGAAAGCGAAGAAACGCCGAGGAGGCAAAGAAAAGGAAAUGGGAGAACCAUGGCCCCCAGGGUUCAAACAAGAAGGGGGAUCACGGGGGAGGAGGAUCCUUCAGGGCACCCGCACCACCAUCAAGGGGGAAUCCCAACAUGGGGGGGCAAAACUCGGGGUUACAAGCCUCGACGAAGCCUAAGUGCAGGAAUUGCAAGAGAAAUCACGAAGGCAAAUGUCGUGAUCCCCCACGGUGCUACCAAUGCGGAGAUACGGGGCACAUAAGGCCUAAUUGCCCUCAACUUGGUGGGAACCGGUCAUCAGGACCAAACGUGGCAACCACGGUGAGUAGAAACCGGGGUGGGGCACCCAAUGCAAGCACGAACCCCGGCGGGGCAAGUACAAGCAACGCACCCUCCGUGAACCAAGGAAGGACUCAAGCGAGAGUGUACGCAAUGACCGAGGCCGAUGCUCGGGCUAAUCCCGACUCCGUCGCAGGUAAUACACUUAUUCUGGUCAUUUCUAGGCUUACUUUGAUCAUAUACGUCGUUGGGAUUGAGUACGGGCCACCCCGGGGUCAAACCGGGUGAGUUAGGCCUAAUCGGGCUGGAAACAGCCACUGCUGGCCAGGCACGCCCGCAGGCACGCCGUGCCUGGCAUCGUGCCUGGAAGGCAGUGGCACCCGAAGAAAAGAAGAAGAAAAAAAAAAAAUUUGGGCCAGGCACGGCCGCAGGCACGCCGUGCCUGGCGUCGUGCCUGGAAGGCAGUGGCGCCCCGAAGAAAAUUUGGCCAGGCACGGCCGCAGGCACGCCGUGCCUGGCACCGUGCCUGGGAGGCAGUGGCUGGCAGGGAGAAUCCUGUGCACGCACGGCCGUGCGUGCCACCCAGGCACGCCGUGCGUGGACCCCCGGCAACCGAAAACUCAUUUUUUCGCUCCGUUCUUCUACGUUUGGACCCCCGAUUGAUUCCAAACAGUAGUAUGAACCUAAUAACCUCCUAAUGAUGUGUAAAAACAUUAGAAAAGGUAUCCCACAUGACUUAUAAAUGUAGGAACACUAAAGAUUAAUGGGAAGCAUGCGCAAAUCCUUAUCGAUACCGGAGCGCAACGCUCAUUCGUAAGUGAGGCGUUCGCCGAGGGCUCAGAGAUACAAUCAAUACCAAUGACGCGAACUUUAGUGGUAUCAACACCACUAAGGGAAGACGUUGAAAGAACCUAGUACUAUCAGUCUUGUAUGGUGGAAAUCGGUGGCCAAACCUUGACGUGUGAUUUCGUACCGCUGAGUAUGAUGGAGUUCGAUGCAAUCCUAGGGAUGGAUUGACUAGAAAAGCAUCAUGCUAGGGUAGAUUGCGACACAAAGGUCUUGGGACUCGAAGGCAAUGAUGGGGAUACCCUACGCUUCGAGGGGGACCGAGGCAAAUCAAACGGCUGUAUCAUAUCCGUUGUGAGAGCGAGAAGUAUGAUGAGAAAGGGAUGUCACGCUUAUCUAGCAUAAGUGGUUGACAAGACCAAGGAGGAAACGAACAUCGACGAUGUGAGGGUGGUUUGUAAGUACCCGGAUGUCUUCCCAAAGGACCUGCCGGGGCUUCCACCUGAUAGGGAGAUUGAAUUUGUGAUCGAGGUCGAGCCCGGCACCAAACCAAUCUCCAUACCGCCAUACCGUAUGGCACCCGCUGAACUUAACGAGUUGAAAACCCAAUUGCAAGAGCUUUUGGAUAAUGGCUUCAUUAGACCAAGCCACUCCCCGUGGGGAGCACCGAUUCUUUUUGUGAAAAAGAAAGAUGGGACACUUCGAAUGUGCAUUGACUAUCGUCAACUGAACAAGGUCACAAUCAAGAAUAGGUAUCCUUUGCCUAGGAUCGAUGACUUGUUUGAUCAACUACGAGGAGCAACUGUGUUUUCAAAGAUUGACUUGAGGUCAGGGUACCAUCAAUCGAGGGUUAAGGAAGAUGACAUACCAAAGAGUGCUUUCCGCACAAGGUAUGGGCAUUUUGAGUUCCUUGUUAUGUCGUUUGGGUUAACAAACGCCCCAGCAGCAUUCAUGGACUUGAUGGACCGAGUAUUCCAUAAAUACUUGGAUCGAUUCGUGAUUGUGUUCAUAGAUGACAUUUUGAUUUACUCAAAGAGUAAGGAAGAG